CAAAUAUGAAGCAUGCUAGCUAACCUAGCAGUCUGAAUAUUUAGAAGUAAAAUGUGUCUAGUAAUCUUUAGCUGUGUUUGUUAGAGAAAAGUCAGCGCACUCUGAAAUGACUUAAGGAAGCGGUGGCUUUGGCGUGUUGUGGGAACAUAACCUUAAAGAGUAUCGAAGAAGAUGAUAGAACCAGAGCUACUGACCGAGGUCCCUGCAGCACUUAAACGGCUGGCCAAGCAGGUUGUAAGGGGCUUCUAUGGGGUGGAACAUGCCUUGGCCCUGGAUGUGCUCAUUCGCAACCCAUGUGUACGUGAGGAGGACAUGCUGGAGCUGCUCAAGUUUGAUCGCAAGCAGCUGCGCUCUGUACUCAACACCCUCAAGGCAGACAAGUUUGUCAAGUGCCGCAUGAGAGUGGAAACGGCCCCUGAUGGCAAAACAACAAGGCACAACUACUACUUCAUCAACUACAGGGUUCUGGUCAACGUGGUCAAAUAUAAACUGGAUCACAUGCGACGGCGCAUCGAGACAGACGAGCGAGACUCCACCAACCGUGCCUCCUUCCGGUGCCCCUGCUGCUUCUCCACCUUCACUGACCUAGAGGCCAACCAGCUGUUUGACCCUAUGACAGGUACUUUUCGCUGCACCUUUUGCCAGACUGAGGUAGAGGAGGAUGCGUCUGUCUGUCCUGAUGGCCGAACACUAGUUGCGCGCUUUAAUGAGCAGAUUGAACCCAUCUAUGCGCUGCUACGGGAGACUGAAGACGUUAACUUGUCCCAUGACCUGCUGGAGCCUGAGCCUGCUGAGAUUCCUGCUCUCAAACAGAGCCGUGAACGUGCUGCAGCAACCAACUCAGGCGGCCCACACCGUGAAGCCUGGUCUAACAAAGGUUCGUCCUACGCUGACCUGUAUACCCAGAACGUGGUUAUUAGCAUGGAGGAGCAGGAGGAUCAGCAGAAGCAGGCCAAUGAAGGCAAGGCACCUAAAGAGAGGCCCGUCUGGUUGACUCACAGCACCGUGCAGGGUGCUUACAGCGAGCCUGACAUCCUCAAGAACCGUGGAGAUGUUGUACCUGGAGCCCUGGAUGGAGCAGCUGGUCAUGGAAUCGGUCAGGUAGAUGAAAACGAGGAAGUGAUGCGUGCCCUGCUCAUCCAUGAGAAGAGGAGCUUGGCAGGAGCAGCCGCAGGUGGAGCAAGCACUGCUAACAAGGGGCUCACCUCCACCACAACUAAUGCCAGCGACUCAGAGAGCGACACCAGCGAAUCAGAUGAUGAAUCUCCAUCUGGUCCUCCCCCUGCAACAACUUCUCAGCAUCGGGUCGCCGAGGAGGAGGACGACGACGACGACGAGUUUGAGGAGGUGGGUGAUGAACCGAUGGUGAUGGUGGGAGGCCGGCAGUUCUCAUACCGAGAGGUCAGCCAGAGGCCAGAGCUGGUGGAGCAGAUGUCCUCACAGGAGAAGGAGGCCUACAUUGAAAUGGGACAAACCCUCUUCCAAGACAUGUACUUCUGAAAACACACACACACACACACACACACACACACACACACACACACACACACACACACACACACUGAUACAUGCAGACAUUUACACACACACAGUUUCAAACAAUUUAAUGGAUUGGCUAUGAGUUUCCAAAAAUAUACUUCUGCUCUUUCACACUGUUAGUGGUGAUGUCUGAGGAAAUUAUUGUGGAUACAACUUCUCAAGAAGAAUAGAAGAUGCUGCUCAAGAAGUAUUUACAGUCAGCUUCAUGCUCAUAAGAACCAAGGACAUGCUCUGACAGUGUUGCCUAAGCGAUCACACCUUUAGUAUUCUAGCCCAAGUAUUUUUUAUUAUGUCAUCAAACCAGAAGGGAGCUUGCCAGCUGCAGCUUGUACACAGAGUGCCAAUUUGUUUCUCGUAAGUCUUAUUUUUAUUUCAGUUGAAUAUGCCGUCUACACCAGUCAUGUUUUAGCCUUGUUUUCCAGUCAUGUGUCUCUCGUGGAUCUGAUGGACCAGAUACACUUUAAAUUUAAUCAAUACAGCUGUCUACACACAAGUGUAUGUUUUAUGCCUCAAGUCUAUUUUCUUUCUCAUGUAAAACUACAUCGAAUUGUGCGUUUGGCUGCAAGCACCUCCAAAAGACGUAGCAGCACUGCAGCGAUGAAGGCAGUGUGACACUGAAGGACUGAAGCUGCUGUUAUGCUCCUGACAUUCUGCUGUCUUUCUGGUGUUGGGCCAAAUAUUUUCAGUUUUUCCGAAGACUAGAUUUAAAAGCUCAUCUCAGGCAUAUAUUGAAUACAAGAGAAACAAUAUGGGUGACCUGUUUACAGUAAAAUAAUUGUUAUUUUGAACAAUCUGUAAUAAAAAGAUACUGCAGUACAGCAA